UCUCACAAAAGCAAAAGAGUUUUCUUUACUUCUCUAUAAAGAUAAAUAGUAGUAUAGGUAUAUACGGACACACACAGACGAACUAAAUUUUGUUCAUUACCAGGAGCAGCGAUUGUAAGAAUUAAAAUGGCAACAACCAGCGCUUACUGUUGUAUGCUUCCUUCUACUUAUUCUUCAUUUUCUCUUCGUAAGUUGUAUACUUCAAGGAACUCCACAGCAGCAACAGUGGGUUUGCUUUCUUUUGCGCCAAACUCCCACGUCUCAACCUCUCUCCAAACAAGCUUUAUCGCCAUCUCUAUCAGGCAAAAGCCUUUUAGGAAUUCACUUCGAGUGAGAUCAGUAGUUGCUCCAGCAGAAGAUGUUGCUGGAUUUGAUGAUAUGGUUUCUGGGACGCAAAGGAAGUAUUACAUGCUUGGCGGAAAGGGGGGAGUAGGAAAGACAAGUUGUGCUGCUUCACUUGCUGUGAAAUUUGCAAACAAUGGGCACCCCACUUUAGUAGUGUCAACUGAUCCAGCACAUUCUUUGAGUGACUCUUUUGCACAGAAUUUAACUGGCGGGGCUCUAGUACCUGUUGAAGGACCUGAUUACCCACUGUAUGCACUUGAGAUAAACCCUGAAAAGGCUAGGGAAGAAUUUCGUUCUGCAUCUCAAAAAACUGGAGGAACUGGGGUCAAAGAUUUCAUGGAAGGCAUGGGCCUUGGAAUGCUCGUUGAACAGCUAGGGGAGUUGAAAUUGGGAGAGCUACUGGACACGCCUCCUCCUGGUUUGGAUGAAGCUAUAGCAAUUUCAAAAGUGAUGCAAUUCCUAGAAUCACCAGAAUAUAGCAUGUUCACUCGAAUAGUUUUUGAUACUGCACCUACGGGACAUACACUGCGACUCUUGUCCUUACCAGACUUCCUGGAUGCAUCCAUAGGCAAGAUAUUGAAGCUUAAACAAAAAAUAUCUUCUGCCACAUCUGCAAUCAAAUCUGUUUUUGGCCAAGAAGAAACCCGACAAGAUGCUGCUGACAAGUUGGAACGACUGAGGGAAAGGAUGAUAAAAGUGCGUGAGCUUUUUCGUGAUACAGACUCGACAGAGUUUGUCAUAGUAACAAUUCCAACGGUAAUGGCAGUCAAUGAGUCCUCUAGGUUACGGGCCUCCUUGAAAAAUGAGCAUGUUCCUGUUAAGAAGCUUAUUGUUAAUCAAAUUCUUCCUCCAUCUGUCUCUGACUGCAAGUUUUGUGCAAUGAAAAGAAAGGAUCAGGGGCGUGCUCUUGAUAUGAUAAAAAGUGAUCCGGAACUCUCCAGCUUGACAUUGAUACAAGCACCCUUAAUUGAUGUAGAGAUCAGAGGUGUUCCAGCACUUCAAUUUUUGGGGGACAUCAUAUGGAAAUGAGCUUCUGCAGAAUGACACGAGACAUGUACAGGGCAUUUCGAUCUUUUGGUUACAGUUGCUUACAAGUUAUGCACACAAAUUAAGAAUAAUUAUGUUUUAAUGAACCAGAAGUUCAAUUACACUUCAUAGCAACUUACAUGAGGAUACUUUUGCCAGUAGCAAUCAAAAGAUACAGAAGGUGAAGCCCUCAAUGCCGAUGAAUAUCGAGCAGGAAGCCAUUUAUGACAAAGAACUUGACCCUAAAAGGAAACCAUUUGAACAUGGUUUUGUUUUAGCAUGUACAAAUUGGUUAUUUGAGCUAAGGGAAUUUUGCAUACAUCUUUUAUUAAGUCAUUGAAGGAUAGAAUCAUUAUCCAUUUUGUAUGUUAUUGAAAGUACUGGGCAAUACCCUGUCAGAAAGUGCAAGGAUUGAUUUACUUUCACACUAUGAUAGAAAUGCUGAUGGAGUUUGUGAAAAUCA